AUGGGAUCUGCUGCUCUGUCAGAGUCGAUGGAUUCCGAUGCCGGGAUGAAAAAGGAAAGAAAGAUAGAUUCUGUGUUGGUGAAGGAAGAGGCAGCUGAACAAAAAAAAAGAAAGAGACUUGCUCCUCAAACUGAUGAGGAGCCCAGUGUCUCGCGUAAAAUGCCAAAACGCUCUGCUGCCUGUUUAGACUUUAAGGAGAAACCUCUUCGUAUAUCCAAAAAAGACUCAGUUAUUGAGACAAAUAGAGACUGGAGUGUACAGGAAGAAGCUGUUGCUGUUCGUCUGACAGCUGGAAAAGAAAAUGGCCGCCCAUGUAGAAGACUUGUCGAUUUCAUUUUUCACAAUAAAGACGGAAUCUCACAGCCUUUUGAAAUGCUAGAAGUCGAUGACAUUUUUAUCUCUGGUCACAUCUUACCACUUGAAGAAUGUGCUGACAUAGAAAAACCAAAGGGUGUCAAAUGUGAAGGCUUUGGACGUAUAGAAGAAUGGGCCAUCUCUGGUUAUGAAGAUGGAUCACCAGUUAUAUGGGUGUCAACGGUUAUUGCGGACUAUGAUUGUAUCAAACCAUCAAGUAGUUACAAGAAGUUCUAUGAUCAUUUCUAUGCAAAGGCUAGUGCGUGUGUAGAGGUUUACAAGAAACUCUCAAGAUCUUAUGGAGGAAAUCCUGAUAUAACCCUUGAUGAAUUGCUUGCUGGGGUUGUCCGUGUAAUGAGUGGUAUGAAGUUCUUCUCCCGUGGUGUAUCUAUCAGGGAUUUCAUUGUUUCUCAGGGUGAGUUCAUCUAUAACCAACUUAUAGGUUUGGAUGAGACAUCAAAGAAGAAUGAUAAGUUAUUUAUUGAGCUACCUGUUCUUGGUGCCUUAAGGGAUGAGAGCAGCAAUCUAGUAGAUCUUGCUCAAGCUUGGACUGAGUCUUCACAUGGGAGUCUGAGAAUUGGUCCAAAAUCUGGAGAUCAAGAAAAUAAAAUGAAAAAAUCUGCUACAUCUUGUCCAGACGAAGAAAACGAUGAUUUAAAAUUGGCAAGGCUAUUACAGGAAGAAGAGCGCUGGCACUCAAUGAAGCAGAAGAAAAACCAUGGUUCAGCACCAUCUAGCAAAUACUACAUUAAGAUCAAUGAGGACGAAAUCGCAAAUGACUACCCGCUACCUGCAUAUUACAAGACAUCCAGUGAAGAGACAGAUGAGUAUAUGGUCUUUGACCAUGGCGUUGGCUAUGUUGAUGAAUUGCCAAGAAGCAUGCUCCACAACUGGGCUUUGUACAACUCAGACUCUAGACUGAUUUCACUAGAGCUCCUCCCCAUGAAACCAUGUGCUGAAAUUGAUGUGACAAUAUUUGGGUCAGGGGUUGUGACUGCUGAUGAUGGUUCUGGAUACAAUUUUGAUGGCGAGUCCACUCACUCUCUUUCAAGUGGAUCUGGGACUUCUGAAAUUGAUGGUAUUCCAGUUUAUUUGAGUGCAAUUAAGGAGUGGAUGAUUGAGUUUGGAUCCUCGAUGGUUUUUAUUUCGAUACGGACUGAUAUGGCCUGGUAUAGACUUGGAAAACCUUCAAAACAAUAUGAGUCUUGGUAUAAACCGGUUCUCAAAACUGCAAGGCUUGCAAUUUGUAUAAUUUCUCUGUUAAAGGAUCAGUCCCGGGUAGCAAGGCUUUCUUUCUUGGAUGUCAUCAAGAAGGUGUCAGAUUUUGACAAAGAUCACCCGGCUUAUGUAUCAUCUAAUCCAGGUGUUGUAGAAAGAUAUGUGGUUGUACAUGGACAGAUUAUUCUGCAACAGUUUUUAGAAUAUCCUGAUCAAAAUAUUAAGAAGUGUGCAUUUGUGAUUGGCUUAACCAAGAAAAUGGAAGAGAGGCACCAUACCAAAUGGCUUGUCAAGAAGAAGAAGCUUUUGCAGAGGGAUGAGUCAAACCUGAAUCCCAGAGGUGGAAUGGCACGUGCCAUUUCUAAGAGGAAGUCUAUGCAGGCAACAACAACCAGGCUAAUCAGCAGAAUCUGGGGGGAAUACUAUUCAAAUUACUUACCGGAUGAAUUGAAUGAGGGAAUAAAUUGUGAGGUUAAAGAGGAGGAUGAUGUUGAAGAGCAAGAGGAAAAGGAAGAUGAUGAUGUUCCGGAGGAGAACUUGGUAGUUCCAGAAAAAAAUCAGAAACCUUGCUCUGCACCUAAACGGACUAAGUCAUGUUCAAGUAACAAGGAAACAAAAUGGGAUGGGGAAUCUUUUGGCAAAAGAGCUACAGGUGAAGCUUUAUAUAAACAGGCCAUCGUCCAGGGAGAUGUGGUAACUGUUGGGGGGGCAGUUUUGAUACAAGUUGACGAAUCUGAUGAUCUUCCAGCCAUCAGUUUUGUGGAGUACAUGUUUAAAAGAUUGGACGGGAGUAAAAUGUUUCAUGGAAGAAUGAUGCAGAGAAGCUGCCAAACAGUAUUAGGAAACACGGGAAAUGAAAGGGAAAUAUUUCUGACAAAUGAGUGCAUGGACUUUGAACUGGAAGACAUACAACAAAUCAUAAUGGUGGAUAUAAGAUCGAUGCCUUGGGGUCAUGAACACAGAAAAAUGAAUGCCAAUGCUGAUAAAGUUGAUAGAGAAAGGGCAGAAGAAAGGAAGAAAAAAGGAUUGCCAAUUGAAUAUUACUGUAAAAGUUUGUAUUGUCCUGAUAGAGGUGCUUUCUUCACUCUUCCAUUUGGUUCAAUGGGUCUUGGAUCUGGCUUUUGUGAAUCUUGCAAAAUAAAGGAUGCUGAUGGUGAUAAAGAAAGUUUUAAAUUGAAUGCAUCAAUGAUCAGUUUUAUAUACCAAGGAACUGAAUACUUUACAUAUGACUAUGUCUAUGUUAGCCCUAGUUUCUUUUCUGCUGAAAGGGAGGGUGAAAUUUUCAAGGGUGGAAGAAAUGUGGGAUUGAAGGCAUACGUUAUAUGUCAGCUAACUGAAAUUAGUGGGCCAAAGCGAUCUAAACAAGAUGAUGCAAGUUCUAUUCAUGUCAAAAUCAGAAGAUUUUUCAGACCAGAGGACAUCUCAGUUGAUAAAGCAUACUGUUCAGAUAUUCGAGAGAUCUAUUAUUCUGAAGAAAUGCAUACUGUACCAGUUGAUAUGAUUGAAGGAAAAUGUGAGGUAAGGAAAAAGCAGGACCUGCCUCAAGAUGUCCCUGCAAUCUUUGAACAUGUUUUCUUCUGUGAAUAUCUGUAUGAUCCUUCCAAAGGAUCCAUCAAUCAGUUGCCAUCUCACAUUAAACUACAGUACUCGUCUGGGAAGUCAAAUGAUGAUGCUAUGUCUCGGAAGAAAAAGGGUAAAGGUAAAGAAGGAGAGAAUGAUUUGGAAGAAGGGAAACUGAAAGAAGUAUCUCUAGAGGACCGCUUAGCUACUCUAGAUAUAUUUGCUGGUUGUGGUGGCUUAUCUGAGGGGCUGAAGCAAUCAGGUGCAUCUGUUACAAAAUGGGCUAUUGAGUACGAAGAGACUGCUGGAAUUGCAUUUAAACUCAACCAUCCAGAGUCAACAGUGUUUGUGAACAAUUGCAAUGUCAUCCUGAGGGCGAUCAUGCAGAAGUGUGGGGACGUAGAUGACUGCAUUUCAACCUCCGAGGCCACUGAAUUGGCUGCAUCUCUGGGCCAGGAGGAGAUUGAUAAUCUGCCGCUGCCAGGAGAAGUGGAUUUUAUCAAUGGUGGGCCUCCUUGUCAGGGUUUUUCUGGAAUGAAUAGAUUCAAUCAGAGCACUUGGAGCAAAGUUCAAUGUGAGAUGAUUUUAGCAUUUCUAUCGUUUGCUGACUACUAUCGUCCAAAGUUUUUUCUCCUUGAGAAUGUGAGGAACUUUGUGUCUUUCAACCAAGGACAGACAUUUCGCUUAACUUUAGCGUCUCUUCUUGAGAUGGGAUAUCAGGUGAGAUUCGGUAUCCUUGAAGCUGGUGCAUAUGGAGUUCCUCAGUCUAGGAAGCGAGCAUUCAUAUGGGCAGCCUCUCCAGAAGAGGUUCUUCCUGAGUGGCCAGAACCAAUGCAUGUCUUUGCUGCACCAGAGCUGAAAAUAACAUUAUCAGGAAAUUCCCAAUAUUCUGCUGUUAAGAGUACCACAAGAGGUGCUCCAUUUCGUUCUCUUACAGUCAGAGAUACUAUUGCAGAUCUCCCACCUGUGGACAAUGGUGCAUCAGAGAUGACUUUGCAGUAUAAAGGAGAACCUAUUUCUUGGUUCCAGAAGAAAAUUCGAGGUAACAUGGAGAUACUAAAAGAUCACAUAGCAAAAGAAAUGAAUGAGCUUAAUCUAAUCAGGUGUCAAAGAAUCCCCAAGCGCCCAGGUGCUGAUUGGCGUGACCUUCCAGAUGAGAAGGUCAAAUUAUCUACUGGCCAAAUGGUUGAUCUGAUACCUUGGUGCUUACCAAAUACAGCCAAGAGGCACAAUCAAUGGAAGGGGCUUUUUGGAAGGUUAGAUUGGGAUGGAAAUUUUCCAACUUCCAUAACGGAUCCCCAACCAAUGGGUAAAGUGGGAAUGUGCUUCCAUCCUGAGCAAGACAGGAUCGUCACGGUUCGAGAGUGUGCACGCUCUCAAGGUUUCCCAGACAGUUAUCAAUUUUCUGGUACUGUUCUACACAAGCACCGGCAGAUUGGAAAUGCUGUUCCUCCUCCUCUGGCAUAUGCACUGGGGAGAACACUAAAGGAAGCAAUUGAGAUCCAAAACAAGGGGGGAUCGAAGAUUGGGGAGGUAAUUAGAGAAAAGGGGGAAGAGGAAGAGGAAGAGAAUAGUAAGAGUGGUGAAGAUUUGGAUGGGAAGGAGAUUGCAAAUGAGGAGGUAGAAAGAGAAUUUGAUUUAACUAAUAGGGAAGACUUGGAUCAAGAAGCUGUUGAUGAUGAAAAUAAGGUUUCAAGAAGCAGAAAGAAGAAAAAGAAAUUGGGUCCUUUAUUUGCUCCGGCAGAUUUCCGGCACAGCAAAUGUGAUAUCUGCAUCCUUGAGGCAAACUCGUGUAUUGUUGGAAUUGUGAAAGAUGACUGCGUCAAAACUUCAAAGAUUCCUGCAGGUUCCAAAUCAGGAGCCAACGGUGAAUAUGACCUGUCCAAACGUAGGUCACAUUCAGCAGCGAAUUAUUCAUCAACAACAUUACAGUUCAACAAUUCUUCAAUUUCAACGCAUAGUGCAUAA